AAGCAGCGUCAUCAACACAACUUAACGCGCUCUCACACUCACACUAAAAAUAUCUUGUUCCCUUUUUUGAUUCUAUCCUAAUUAUAUAAAGCUUUAACACCCUGCAUUGCAUCCCCAUUCUUAUUAACCUGUAACCCAAUACCCUAAUUUUUCAACCCCAAAUUUAAUUCGUUGUAUCCACGAAAUUGCCGCUGUAUAACAGCGUGUUUUAGUUGUUGGAAGAAUAACAAAGCCUAAUUAUCGUAACUUUUUUUUUCGUCUCAACGUGCUUUAUAAGUCUUCCAUUUUCUUCCAUUCAAAAUCUACUACAAAAGGGUCAUUAGAUCUUUGUUAAACAAAGCGUUUUCCAAGGACCCUUUCAGGUUGUCUUUUUUAACAACCAUUUAUAGGGUUUCCUUGGUUUUCACUAUUUUGUUUACAUUGUUGCAGGAUCUCAUUCAAAUUACAGAUUCAGAUACCCUUUUGUGAGUUUCAUACUUUUUUCUGCUUUUUACUCAUUUGGGUUGAUUUUGUUUUUUUUUUUUGUUGUUGCUGUUGUUGCGGUUGGUUUUUGUAUUUUCACUAUGGAGGUUGAGAAGAAGAAGUUUAUAACAUCUGAGGAACUUAAGAAGCAUGACAAAAAAGGAGAUCUAUGGAUCUCAAUUCAGGGUAAGGUUUAUAAUGUUUCAGAUUGGGCUAAAGAACACCCUGGUGGAGAAAUUCCUUUGUUGAAUCUUGCUGGCCAGGAUGUAACUGAUGCAUUCAUAGCAUAUCAUCCUGGUACAGCAUGGAAAUAUCUUGACAAAUUUUUCACUGGCUAUUACCUUAGUGAUUUCAAGGUCUCUGAGGUUUCUAAAGAUUAUAGGAGACUUGUUUCUGAGUUUGUGAAAUUGGGUUUGUUUGAAAAGAAAGAACAUGUUACUUUGUUCACAUUAACAUCUGUUGCUAUUAUGUUUGCUAUUGUUGUUUAUGGUGUUGUUGGUUGCUCAAGUGUUUUGGCUCAUUUGGGUUCUGGUAUGUUGUUGGGUUUGCUUUGGAUGCAAAGUACUUAUGUUGGUCAUGAUUCCGGUCACUAUGAGGUUAUGUCGAGUCGCAGUUAUAACAAAUUAGCACAAAUCAUUUGUGGAAAUUGUUUGACUGGUAUAAGUAUAGCUUGGUGGAAAUGGACUCAUAAUGCUCAUCAUAUUGCCUGCAAUAGUCUUGACUAUGAUCCUGAUUUGCAGCACAUACCUGUUUUCGCUGUCUCAUCGCGAUUAUUCGGUUCGAUUAAAUCCUAUUUCUAUGACAGGCAAUUAACCUUUGAUCCUUUGUCAAGGUUUCUUAUCAGUUACCAGCACAUUACUUUUUACCCUGUGUUAUGCUUUGCAAGGCUUAACUUAUAUCUUCAGACAUUUUUGCUCUUGUUUUCACCUAAGCGAAAUGUCCCCGACAGACUUUACAACAUAAUGGGAAUCCUUGUGUUCUGGACAUGGUUCCCUCUUCUAUUGUCAUGCCUACCUAACUGGUCAGAAAGGCUCAUGUUUGUUCUUGCCUGUUUUGUUGUUUGUUCAAUCCAACAUCUUCAAUUCUGUCUCAACCAUUUCGCCGCGAACGUGUAUGUCGGUCCACCAAAGGGAAAUGAUUGGUUUGAGAAGCAAACAAGUGGAACAUUGGAUAUCUCUUGUUCAACUUGGAUGGAUUGGUUCUUUGGUGGUUUGCAGUUUCAGCUUGAGCAUCAUUUGUUCCCAAGGCUACCUAGGGCUCAAUUGAGGAAGGUUUCGCCGUUGGUGAUCGACUUGUGCAAGAAGCAUAAUUUGCCUUAUAGAAGUUUGUCAUUUGUUGAGGCAAAUCUUUGGACUCUUAAGACACUUAGGACUGCUGCACUUCAAGCUAGGGACAUGGUAGACCCUUCUGCACAGAACUUGUUGUGGGAAGCUUUCAAUACUCAUGGUUGAUUUAGCAUCUGGAUUUUGAGUUAAGAGAAGAACAUCAUCCAGUUUUUCUAUUAUUAUGAAAUAUAUGUUAUUGUAUGGAUUGGAUUCAAUUUCUUUUUUUUUUUUUUUAUUAGGUAUGUUUGUAAUAAUUGGUUGAUGAUAUGAACACAGGUUAUGUGUUCUAUAACAUCUUGAACAAAAAAAUAUUCAGGUUAUAUUUGCAUUUUUAAUUACCUCUCUUCUUUUUUUAUGGUAGUGAUUCAAGGACACAUAUAGACAAGAAUCAUGUUUCAUCUUAAUUAAAAUAGAAGAAUUCCUUGUACCAAGAGGGGUCAAAAACCAAUUGAAAUUCCAUACUACUGUGUAUUUUUUCAGUUA